CGUUCGUGCAAUCUGGUUUCGUCCAAUUAGCAAUUAACAAAAGCCCCUGGUGGCGUUCUCCUCGGGUGUAGUAUAAAAAGCUUGGCCACCCAAGCCAGAGCAUUGCAAAUUGUUUAUAGAGAGUGUUUUUUUAUUUUAUCAGCAGCGCUCCUUAUCGCCAGCCACCCGCUUUCUGUUCCAGAUUCCGCGCCCGCUACCCACUUUCCAAAUUCCAGUUUCCAGUUGCAGCGCUUUUGUUUCCACCAGAAGUUCAGUGACGCCCCAUCCGCCGAUCGACCAAGUCGCAUCCUCCUCAACAUGGGUAUUGAAAAAAUGCUACCCUUUACCCUCCGGCUGAAUCAGUUGAUGAGCCGCGCGGGCAGCGACUGCCUGUGCAUCAUCGAUCGUGAGGCCGUGCCCAAUGAGCUGAAGGAGGCCUUCGAGCAACACCGUUGCUUUGACAAGUCCUUUGACAGCAGCAUCUCCUGCUUUAAGGCGCCCAAUGUGGACCAGCCGGUGGUCUAUGCACCCGUUCCUGAGUUGACCGACUAUGAUGAUGUGAGGAGCUACCAGGCGGCGGCCAAGAACUCCAUUCAGAAGGUGCUCAAGGCUGGAUUCCAAACUCCAUUACUGAUUGUGCCCAAGGUCAAGCGUUUCCCUCAGGCCGAACUGUGCACCGUCCUCGGCGCUCUCGAGCAGCUCUAUGUGCCCAUUCAACUGCGUGAAGCUGGAGCACCGAAAAACACCCGUGUGACCACGCUGAGUGUCGAGAUCGACGAUCCCAAGGCGGAUGAGAUUCUCAAGGAAGCCCUAAUCCUGGAGGCCGGUCGUUACGUGGCCCGCGACAUUGGCGUGGGAGACCCGGAGCGCAUGACCCCCAUCCAAGUGGAGAAGUACAUCAAGCCCUUGUUCGACAAGUUAUCCGUGACUGUGAUAAGUGAUCUGGAGACCCUGCAAAAGGAAUACCCUCUUUUUGCGGCUGUUAACCGGGCAGCUGAAGCCGUCGAACGCCAUCGAGGCCGCAUUAUUUUCCUGGAGUACAAGCCCCCGAAGCCAGCUAGGAAGACUCUGAUGCUCGUGGGCAAGGGUGUCACCUAUGACACCGGCGGUGCUGACAUCAAGGCUGGUGGAGUGAUGGCUGGCAUGUCCCGAGACAAGUGUGGAGCAGCUGCUGCCGCAGGGUUCAUGCAGGUGGUCAAUGAGCUUCAGCCGGACGAUGUCCAUGUUGUGGCAGCUCUUUGCAUGGUUCGCAAUUCUGUUGGCGAGGAGUGCUAUGUGUCCGAUGAGAUAAUUACAUCGCGAGCCGGACUGCAUGUGAGGAUCGGCAAUACCGAUGCCGAGGGCAGGAUGUGCAUGACCGAUGCCCUGUGCCGCAUGAAGGAGAUGGCCGUGGAAAAGAAUCUGCCGGACCCGCAUAUCUUUACCAUUGCCACUUUGACGGGUCAUGCCUUCAUCUCGGCUGGCGAGGGCCAGUCGAUUGCCAUUGACAACAGCGUGGCCCAUCGGGAGGAUCAUGCUAGGAGACUUCAGGCUGCUGGUCAGGCCUUUGGCGAGCCUUUUGAGAUAUCCGUGCUGCGGCCCUGUGACUUUGCCUUCAAUGCCGGAAAAGUAAUUGGUGAGGAUCUGGUUCAGGCCAAUAACGCGCCGUCCGUGAGGACGCCGCGAGGACAUCAGGUGCCAGCCGCCUUCAUGAUCAUGGCUUCGGGUUUGGACAAACACGGCCUGGACUCCAAGGUGCCGAUCAAGUACACGCAUAUCGAUAUUGCCGGCAGUGCCGGUGAGCAUCCAGCAAUGCCCACAGCUGCCCCUCUGGUCUCUCUCGUCAAGACCCAUCUGCAAAAGUAAAGUCAUAUCGAUUUGUACACUAUUUGUGGAGACCAGACCCCAUUUCAGAACUACACACGUACUUAGACACUUAAAUGCAUAGCUAAUCAACAAUAUUAUCCUUCUGUCCACUUGAAGCAUCACUCGUCAAAAUAAAUGUAUAAUCAUUGAA